AUGCCUUGUUUUCAGAGGGGCGGAGUCUGCGCGUAUAUGGCUAGUCUUGGCCCCCAAUCGCAGUCUGCCCUGUCUGUCUUACGGGGUGCCUCUUUCGGAACCAUUGGACAGGCUCAAUGCCUGACGUACUUUGGCUACUACAUAGAAGAGUGCUCAGCCCAUUUUCGCCUGCCACAAAAUGCAGACUACAGCAGCACCUUAGCAUACAACUCACCAUGCGUCGUUUGCUGUGCUGCGCUAUGCUGUCCACGCAAGAUCGGAAACUUUCAUGCUAUACCUACUGUCACCGGGCCCGGCAAAACGGCAUCCCCCGUUCGAGAUGUGCUAAACAUAGCAUCCGUACGGAUACAGCGGGUGGAAACCAUCAUAUGUGACAGAGUCUCCAGGGCUCAGAAGUCUGGGAACCCAAGCAUUCUCAAGUGGUUUCCACUUGGCCUGACAGAGCCUUGGGGCGGUUUUCUUCCGUCGAGCCGUUGUUAUGUUCCACUUCAGUGCAUAAGUCCAGCUGGGAGGGGCGUCAAGUCUGUCACCCGCACGCCAAGGAAUGAGGGAGCGUGGUGGUGGCAUGACGGGGCCUUUGCCGGUGCUCCGACCACGCAUUUCCCACCGGCGCCUAUGCAUCUCUUUUGCUCGGCUGCCGCUGCUGCGCCUCCCGGAAACCACCGUCCUUUCAGUCGCCACACGGCAUCGGGGCACUCGGGGCAUAAACCUGAGUACGCGGACCACCACCACCUCUGCGCACCCGACCCGGCGUUUCUAAUCAUUGACUCCGCCCAGCCUCCAGAGAAGAACAUACCUGUCAGCUGCGGAACCGCCGACGAACAGCUCUCGGACCCGUCUUCCUCCGUCGCCGCCGCCGCGCCACGAGCGAACUUCUCAACUUUGCCUUGCGCACAUUACCCCUCAGCUUCAAGCCAGCAAUCGCCCAAUAUUGCAGCCAUGCCUUCCAAGCCCAAUUCCCAGCGUGAUAGCGAGUCCGAGGUUAGAUCUUGGGGGUUUCCUCAUGUCUUCACUUGGACCGACGGACCAAACGCGCACUACUCCCCGCAUUCGCAUCGGGGUCUGACGACCCAUCUGAUCCUGCGUGGGAACCUUACCAUCACUUAUCCCAAGGACAAGAACCCCGACAAGGUUACUUAUGGCGUCGGCGAUCGUAUCGACGUGGACGCCGGCCGCGUGCAUGAAGUAUGGAUUGGCGAUGAGGGUUACAAUGGCUGUUCUGCGAAUUCAACGUGGUGCGUUAUAGUCAAACACGACAAGCUCUUCCCUGGCAUGCAGAGUCUGAGCAGGCUCACAUCCCUCCCCCAUUCUCUAUUAUGGAGCUUCCCACCAAAGUCCAGAUACCCAAGUAUCGACAUCAAACGUAAACUUGGCCGAUUUGACUUUGAAAAACCCCUCAGGGACGCCUUCAUAGAUGUUCUUUUUGUCAAGUCUGGAAGAAAAUGCGUCCUCAAGCGUAUACAAUGCGCUCCACAGCCGAGUUGCCCGAACCCCCUCGAACAGGACCAGGAGGCCAGCUCCGUGAAAGAGCUAACCUCAACCAGUAGUGGAAACGACUUUGAAACAUGGAGAAAUCCUUUGCCCGUGCGCCAUGGCCUUGAGGACCGCCCCGACUCGUUCAGGAGUAUGGCGAUCAAAACGUUCCGGAAGGCCAUGGAACCUGCCCAACCACCUUGGCCACGAGGCAGCUUCGUAUAUCUGCAUGCUUGUGAAAAUGGUUCAUACUGUCGAGCUUCAGUAUCGGCGUCCUCAACGCGUCCUCCGAAAGAGGCCAUGAUUUCUGAAGCAAGAUACGUGACCAAGAGGCUCGGCAAUAAUACUAUCGAUUACACGCCGCUUGAGAACACUUGGCUGGUGUCGAUGGAAGCGUGCUUGUUCUUUGCUAGAUCUCCCGCUUCACUGAUAGAUGACAAGCUCAAACCAAUCGAGGCUAUCUCUCCGCAUCUUCAGGCUUUCUGCGAGCGCUUGGCUGCUCGAAAUUCGUCCGUCUACCUUCAUCUCAUGGUCUCCUUCCCGGCGGUUGGCAGCAGUGUUUGCGACAGCAACUGUCUGGCUCCAGGCAUGGGUUUGGACGAUGGCUCCUAG